AUGCCAGCGCUGUGCUUCGUAUGCAGCUUGCCGAUCCUUAGCCACCAAGUGGGUCUGGUGUGGAAAGGCGGCAGCGGCGCCGACGAGUACGCCGCGUCGCAGCCGAUUCCGGCGCGUCGGCGUGACUCGACGGCGCAGCUGGCGGCCGUUGAGCCGCCGUCGCCGCCGGGCCGGCCGCGUCGGCGACGCUCCUCGCUCGCGCAGCUCACCGACCUCAUCCGCGACUGGGGUCGCGGCGGAGGAGAGCGACGGCGCGCCGAGCUCGGCCGGCGUGACACGCUCUCGGACCUGGCGCGCUCGCUGCCGUUCGGCCGGCGCGACUCGGACUCGCGCGAACCGCGCGAGGCGCCGCGGCCGCGCGCUGGCCGCCGUCAGUCGCUGGCUGAGGGCCACCUCAAGAGCAAGCGGCGCGGCGAGGCCGGCUCUGACCUCCGCGCCGACAUCUCCAGUCUGCUGGCCGGCCGUGAGAGCGUGACCGAACUCUGGCGGAAGCGGCGCGAAACUCAGGUGCAGUCACAGCGCCAGGAGCGGCGCGCCCGUCGCCAGUCGGUCAGCUCGACGCCGUCGGGGCGCGACGCCAAGCCGGCCGUCUCACCCGAUGGCAAGUACAUCGAGCCGCGCGCGCUGAUCGAGCUGCGGCGCCAGGCCGCCGCCUUCGACGAGAGCUCGCCGCUGGCGCGCGGCCGCAGCGGCUCGCGGCCAUUCCUGUCGCCCGACCCGUUCGAGCUGGAGGCGCCGCUGCGGUCGCGGCGGCGCGACUCGCUGUCGCCGGACAGCGGCCGCCGUCAGUCGAGCGAAGAGCCGACCGGCCGCGGUCGCCACGGCAGCCACCACGGUCUGCACAGGUCACCGGACGGAUCCAGUACAGGCAGCUCGCGUGAUCCGUCGCCCAACUCUUCUUUCAGACGUCAAUCGACGACGGAGGAAAUUCUGAUCGCUAAGGGAUUCCGGCGUCAGUCCACCACAGAAGAUAUGGUGCGCUGCCGCAAUUUCCGCCGCCAGUCUACCGUGUUCGAAGACGUGGCCAGCGCGCACGGAGGACCCGACCCGACCUCGCAGCUGCUGGACGGUACGGUGCCGGGGUCAGGCCGAGACACGGGUAGCACUUUCUACCCGGCACCGACUGCUUCAGAGGACGCCUCUCCCCACGACAACAACUAUUACCACGAGGAGUGCCUGCGGUGCAACUCAUGCGGUCAGAAUCUGACCGGACCCAACCAGAAGAGGGCUCGCCGACAUGAUAACACGAUCUACUGUGACCUGCACUUUGCCGACCUGGCGCUGAUGGAGAGCUCCGACUUCAUGAACCAGCUGCGGGCGUUCAAGCCGCAGAGCCUGGGCUGCGCCGUAGCCAGGAGGAAGAGCUCCACCACUUUGAUCUUCCCCCUGCCGCCGCAGGCGUGCUCAGACGAAUUUUGCCGCGGCUACCCGCACAACCUGAUCGUCACGCCCGGGUACUGGGUGGAGUGCGCCGGCCAGCCGGUCGAGGAUGACGUCGCCUGGGACGCCGAUGAGGACCCCGACGACCACCAGGAGGACGGCGAGGAGGAGGACGCGCAGAACGGCACCGCUCACCGCGAGGACGCGGCGGCGAGCGCCGAGGACGAGGAAGCGCCGUUCUCGCCCGGCGAGCGGCGCCUGCUGCGCGUGCCCACCAUCCGAGCCCCGACACGUGACAAGACGCCCAUCGAGGAGCACUACGAGAAGUGCGGCGCCUUCGAGCUCACAUCGAUCGAGCAGGAGACGUACGAGAAAUACUUCUACGGCACCGAACACUGGAACUACUUCACGCAGGACGAAGACCUCGGCCCAAUCAUUCUCAGUCUGAAGCAGGAGAACAUUAACGGCCGUGAUCAGUUCAGAGCAAGGGCACCAGGCACCUUCACGCCCGAGAGCCUCAGCGACUCCAGCCGCUAG